GCGCAGCUGACUGCGACGCGGGAGCUCCGGGAGCGCCUCCGCGCAGAAUUGUAAGCUGCAAUUGAGGAAGGAGAAGGGGAUCCAAGCCCUGAUGUCCCUUUUUUGAGUGAAGACCCUUCUUCUCAUGCUUUGGAACCUGCAUUGAAUGCUGAAAACUUUUGCAGUAGAAUUUGAAAACCACUGACCUAGCCCAACCCCCUCAUUUUACAGAUGAAGAAACUGAACUUGAGAGAAGUUGAGUGACUGGCCCACCGUUGCAAAGCUGAGAGCUCUGCUCCAGAGACAACAAGUAUGAAUACCACAGACAAUGGUGUCAACUGUCUAUGUGCUAUAUGUGGGGACAGAGCGACAGGAAAGCAUUAUGGAGCGUCAAGCUGUGAUGGGUGCAAGGGCUUCUUCAGACGCAGCAUACGCAAGAGUCACGUUUAUUCCUGCAGGUUCAGUCGGCAAUGUGUUGUUGACAAGGACAAAAGGAAUCAAUGUAGAUAUUGUCGAUUAAGAAAGUGUUUUAGAGCAGGAAUGAAAAAAGAAGCUGUGCAAAAUGAACGUGAUCGAAUAAGCACCAGAAGGAGCACAUUUGAUGGCAGCAACAUCCCCUCCAUUAACACACUGGCACAGGCAGAAAUUCGGUCUCGCCAGAUCUCAGUCUCAAGCCCUGGAGCAAGCACUGACAUAAAUGUUAAGAAAAUUGCAAGUAUCAGUGAUGUCUGCGAAUCUAUGAAGCAGCAGCUCUUAGUCUUGGUGGAAUGGGCUAAAUAUAUCCCCGCCUUCUGUGAGUUACCGCUGGAUGACCAGGUGGCACUGUUGAGAGCUCACGCAGGGGAACAUUUACUGCUUGGAGCGACAAAGAGAUCCAUGGUGUAUAAAGAUAUUUUGCUUUUGGGAAACAACUACGUAAUUCACCGCAACAGCAGUGAAAUUGAGAUCAGCCGCGUGGCCAACCGGGUUCUAGACGAGUUGGUACGACCAUUUCAAGAAAUUCAGAUUGAUGACAAUGAAUAUGCUUGUUUGAAGGCAAUUGUAUUUUUUGAUCCAGAUGCAAAAGGGCUAAGCGACCCGGUAAAGAUUAAGAACAUGCGGUUCCAAGUGCAGCUGAGUUUGGAGGACUACAUCAAUGACAGGCAAUAUGACUCCCGGGGGAGGUUUGGAGAGCUGCUCUUGCUCCUGCCCACGCUGCAGAGCAUCACCUGGCAAAUGAUUGAGCAAAUACAAUUCGUUAAACUUUUUGGGAUGGUUAAAAUUGACAACUUACUUCAGGAAAUGUUACUGGGUGGUGCUUCCAAUGACGCCAGCCAUCUCCAUCAUCCGGUGCACCCACAUUUGUCUCAAGAUCCAUUAACUGGACAAACUAUACUUUUAGGUCCCAUGUCAACACUGGUUCAUACAGACCAGAUCUCAACUCCUGAGACCCCACUCCCUUCCCCACCACAAGGCUCUGGACAAGAACAGUACAAAAUAGCCGCAAACCAAGCUUCAGUGAUUUCACACCAGCCUCUCUCCAAACAAAAGCAAUUGUGAGAAUAUGUUUACUCCUGAAUGGCACUGCGUAAAUGUGAAAACUUGUUGGUCUUAAAAUAACUCAGGAUAGUACUUUUGGCAAACUCUUAGCCAAGGCUUCUUCAUGGUGCUGUUGUAAGAUGGUAUCCUCUUUUCUUGUUUAUAUGCUCAUUUUGUUUGUUGUUGCUAUUGUGUAAAACUUUCAGAUGCAAAUAAUGUAUAUCUGAGUUUCAAUAUGUUUGUAUAGUAUAUUUUUCCAACUUCCCUUGCACUGCUCUGGAACCAGUUGAAUCUUAUGUACUACUUUCAUUUGUUGUCUCGAUAUUAAUUUAAAUCUGUAAAUAAUUGCUUCAUUGUGAUGUGAUGCAGAACUGAGUGUUCUUUUGUGACUAAGAAUGGUAGGUAGAUCAGCAAUUCCAGAUCAGUGGAAUUGAACCAUUUUUUUUUAUCAAUUUCAAACUUGCAAGUUAGAAAAAUAAAGCAGUUGCUAUAAAAUAGGAAAUAUUUAUUUGAAGAAUCACUUGUGGAUAUCCAGUGGCUAAGAAGCAUCUUUUUGGCCCACAGUUAAAUACACCUCUAUCUUAAGCUUAGAAAAUUAUAGUCAUUCCGAGGCUGACUGGCUAUUCCUUGUAAUCCUGCCUAUAUUUGAAGAUGUAUUUUAACAUAAAACAUGUUUGUUUUACCAAUCAAGAUACAGGAUAAAUGGUAAAAAAGGAAACCCUUAACACAGUGUCUCAACCAAGAGAAACCCUGCCUUCUCUCUCCUGAAACAAUCUGGUAGUCAUCCAUUGACUUGAAUUUUAGCAUAUGCCUGCCUCUAGUUCCCAGGGACCCUGCAAGAGCAGUCUUUAGGUGAUAAGCCUUGUGCCAACUAAAACGGCACCACUCUGGGAGGCUGAUAUUGGGAGACCAAAUGGCCAUUGUCACACACAAAGUGUCUCACUUAAUCCUCACGGCAACCCGGUAAGAGAGGUAUUAUUGUCUUUCCCUUAUAAAUGAAGAAACCUAUUGCUUGGAGGGUUGAAGUACAUAACUGAAGUUUGUAAACCUGAAGAGCAGGACAGCCACCUUGACGCCCAGAUCUGCUUGACUCUAAGGAGAAUAAAUCUGGUGUGGAAUGAAAAAUGUGAGCUUCUUACUAUGGUUUUUAAAUAUAUGCAGUUGAUGUUGGGGCGCCUGGGUGGCGCAG